AUGUCAUCGCCCGACCAGCCUAGAAGACUGAUCUGCUGUAUUGGUACAGGGGGUACCAUAGCUUCUGAACCCACGGCGGGGGGUCUUGCCCCUACUCGCCAAGAUACGUUCUUCCGACGAAUUCGAUCCCAUCCCUCUCUCACCUCACCAAGCCAUUUCGACUCUUCGAGCGUAUCAUUCUCCUCGCCCGUCCUUACACAGCUGGUAGGCAAGAAUAUCCGAUAUCCACGAUUGAUCACGCCCGAAUUGGACGAUAAGGGUACGAAUGUAGAGUAUGAGAUCUUGGAUUUGGACAGGCAUCUGGAUAGUAGUGAAAUGACUCCUAGUGAAUGGAAUACAAUAGCUUCGCUCGUCUAUGAGAAUUGGGAUAAUUACGAUGGUUUCGUAAUCCUCUCUGGUACAGACACUCUAGCAUACACAGCGGCGAUUCUUUCCUUCCUUUUCGUAGACGCAGGUAAACCUAUCAUCGUGACCGGUGCUCAAAUCCCAUUGUCCCGACCAAGAUCAGAUGGGUGGAGUAACAUAUUCGAUUCCUUGUUUGUGACUGGGACUCUGGACUUUGCUGGUGUAGGAAUAGUGUUCAAUCAUCAGCUCUUGAGGGGUACUAGAGCAACCAAAAGCAGUCCCAACUUGUUCUCAGCAUUCACCACCCCCUGCGUACCUCCUUUAAUCAACUUCAACGUGAAGAUCACCUACGAUCAAUCAUAUCCCCUCACUACCCGUUCAGCAAAUCGUCCGCCACCCCUCAUCCCACUCCUUACUUCACCAUCAGUGCUGUCCAUCCACAUCUACCCGGGUAUGACCGGAUCCCUACUGGAAGCUCAGAUUGAGGCUGUCCCAACGUGUAAAGCAGUCAUCAUCUCUGCGUACGGAUCGGGCAAUCUGCCGAUAAACGAACAUUCUGGUGUAUUGCUCAGUCUCAAGAGGAUGGUAGAAAAGGAGAUAUUGGUGGUGGUAAUCAGUCAAUGUGGUAUACCUAAUGUUUAUCCUUUGUAUACCCAGGGAAGGACUUUACUGAGCAUUGGUGUCUUACCAGGCUACGACCUGAUGCACGAGGCUGCCUUCGCCAAAUUGAUAUGGUUAGUCUCAAGAUCUGAAUUGACGUUCAAGCAAAGACAGGAAUUGUUCGAAACGCCUAUAGUGGGAGAAAUGUCAAAGUGA